AUGAAGCUGUUAUCACUGGUCCUCUUUCCCCUGCAGUGCCUGUUUGUAUGCCUUCGUCCUCGGAAGCAACAGCAGCGAAUCAAGCUUCCCGUCGCCGAAUCUGACCACAUCCCCGAAAAUGGGUUCGGAUCAUUCAUCCCAACGUCAGUCCUCAAGAAACUCAUCGACGAGGACACCGUGCGUUCAAUUCUUCAAGGCGGGGGAGUGGUUGCCCACGAUCACAUCGACGAAACAACCCGGCACAUCCUCCAACACUCCCGAAAACUCUUCGCCAUCCUAGUCGAUCGCGACAAGGCAUGGUGUAUCAGUGAGUUUAUGGAGGAGGGGAUUGGGGAUGAGGAUCUACCGUUCAUUAGACGAGCCAGUGUCGGAGAACAGACCUGGACGCUGGAAACCCGUCAACGGCGCUGCAUCAAGACGCUCGAAACUUGGGACCGCGAAUCUCUCAGAUCACUCGAAAAGGAGCAGUACCGCAUGCUUGCGCCGCUGUUAGAGACCAAAAAACACCACGAGCUUACCGAACUCCAGACCCUCCCCUACAUCGCACUAAGCAGCGCGGAUACUCAGGAAGGCACGAGCACUGAGGGUGGAUACGGCGAAGUCUUUCAAGCAUGUAUCCAUCCCGACCACCACAAUUUCUGGGAAUACUCAUCAUGUGAGGGCAAAGGGCUGUUGGUCGCAGUCAAAAGACUUUACUCCUCCCAGGAGUCAUCCUUCACGGCCGAGAGACAAUUCCACGAAGCCUUGGGCACGAAUCAUACCCAUGUGCACGUCAUCGACCUUCUGUGCACCUAUAAAAAGGGAGGGAAAUAUCAUCUGGUGUUCCCGUGGGCGGACGGGAGCCUCCGGAAGUACUGGCGAGACAGGCCAGCGCCGCCGUUCGACGUGCGAACACUGCUGUGGUCUUUGAAGCAGAUGGUUGGCAUCGCCAGUGGCCUCUCUUUGAUCCAUCAGUUCAACGGUGGCACAUUGUUCGGGCGGCAUGGCGACAUCAAAGCCGACAACAUCCUUUGGUUUGCCCGUCUGCAGGACCAUGACGACCAGGACGGUAUCUUGCAAAUCGCUGACAUGGGUCUCGCCAGCUUUCAUCGCCUCGGAUCCCGGUCCAACGUGAAUCCUGCAUCGAUAACCGUCCCCUCCACAUAUUCUCCGCCCGAUGCAUUUCGAGGGAGAAGAAUUUCCCGAGCCUGGGAUAUCUGGAGCCUGGGAUGCAUGUACCUCGAGUUCGUCACGUGGAUCGUGCUCGGGUAUGAAGCCAUCGAAGACUUCUCCAACUGGCGCGGCAAUGACGAUGACGACGAGGUGUUCAGCUCCGACUGCUUCUACACGACGGACUAUCAGGAAAUCCGAGCCUCGGUAUUCGAAUGGGUCGAUCACCUCAAAAGUCAGGACAAAUGCUCCGCCGUCAUUCACGAUCUGUUGGACUUGAUCAUGACCGAUAUGAUCGUCCUAGAGCCUCAGCUGCGCAUUCCAUCGCAAAGAGUCUGGCACAGACUCACCGAGAUCGUUAAUACCGCCCAGGCAAGCCCGGAUCUCUCCCAAUCUCGAUCAUCAAAUAUGCAGCCUCCCCGGAGCACGCAACCAUCGAGUAAGCCAACUUCCUACCCCCUUCAACCCGACCUAAUCUAA